AUGGAGCCAUCAGACCGGCCAGUAGGUCCUCUUCCCAUGCCUAUAGGUCUUCAAAGUCCAGUAGACCUCUCACGCACGGGCGGGACGCCUCCGCGGCACCCGAUGACGUCUGACCCUGGUCUAGUGGCCCUUCCAAACUUUGUCCGUUCCCUGUACGGUCGUUUUGACGCGUAUGGAGCGCAGUUCCAUCAUUCGAGCUUGCAGAACGCGAGGGCCAACGCCGAGUUAGCCAGUGACGCGACGGAAUGCCGUUUGAUCGAAUACCGCGGCGAGAAGGUGGCAGCUUUUGUGCAGAGAAGCGGAGAUCUGCUGCUAUGUCUGCCGCAAGCGUUCGACCUGUUCCUGAAACACCUCGUCGGUGGACUACACACUGUGUAUACCAAACUGAAGCGACUGGGUAUCAGCCCUAUCGUAUGUAACGUGGAACAGGUGAGGAUUCUGCGUGGACUCGGAGCUAUUCAGCCAGGUGUCAACAGGUGCAAGUUGUUGGCGUGCAAGGACUUCGAUGCGCUCUACAGAGACUGCACUACCGCUAGCUCAAGACCCGGAAGACCACCAAAGCGGUCUGCGUUGUUGGGUCUCGUUGGCAACCCCAAUGGAGUGCCUCCCAUAGCCAUGCAGCAGAAGAAAUCCAGAUUAGACGCCGAAUAUCCCGACGGUUACAACAACGGAGAUUCCUAUGAAGAACAGUUGGACAAGACGGCGUUAUUACUGAACUGCUUACGCCAGCAAAUGGCGGAAGGAACUGCGCGCAGCACGCAUGCGUCGUUGGGUCAUGUUGCUAACAAUGGGCAGCCGGAGAGACCCAAGAUGGCGACGCCCGAUGACGUACAUCAACACGGAGACAACAUGUUCGCAGAUAAAGAAUCCUCAUCCGAGAUGCACCUUGAUGAGAACUUGUCGCCGUCUCAAGAUAAAUUUUCCGAGGACAUUAAGCCGACCGCAGAAGAACUUCAAAAUUGUUCCUACGAAGAAAAGGACCGCGUCCUCAACCUCUCGACCCCAGACCGCAAUGCCGGUGCAGAUCGGUACAGCGAAGGCGUCCGCGAAGAUAGCAGAGACGCUGGCGACUCCACCCAGGGUAGUUUCUGCGCCGAAGAGGAAGAGAACUGCUCACCGGACGAUAGGGAAACGUCGGCUCCCUUAGAUCCCCUUUCCCAUCCCUCCCUGUUUGCAGCGCCUCCCGGAGCCCUCCUCAGGGCACAGGACAUGUACUCCAUGGAGGCGCUCCUCAGAAACAUACAAACCCUGUUGCGCGUCGCCGCUGACGGCGCCAGACAUCACGAGAGACAGACUUCGCUCGAGAAAGCUGAGCUCGGAAUGGAAGUACUCCGAGAGCGUGAGCUCCGAGAGAAGAUCGAGAAGCAGCUGGCAGAAGAACAGAAGUUCAGAGUGUUGUAUCAAAGACGACUUCGCCGUGAGAAGCGCUCGCGUCGUAAAGUGCAAGAGCAGCUCCAAGACGAAGUCAAAAGACGAGCCAAGUUUGAAGAAUCCCUGCGAAACAACACGGACACUUUAAGGUUCAUCAGCGAUGUUAUGGACGCAAAAGACGUCGAUCGCCAGUAUCGACCAGAUUCCGAACCAAAAAUGCACGACUGUGCUAUGUCUGUGUAUGCUCCUGAAGCGACGCCUCGCGGUAGCCCUGGGAGGUAGCUGUUGACGUCACAAGUUCCAGAGGCAAGAACACGCGCUAGCCCCUCGCACCUCC